UUUUGUUUCAUUAUUUAUUACUCCUUUUUAAACGUUUUACAUAAUAUUGAAACAGUUCCUUAUUGUUUAUUAUGUGCUUAUUGUACUUAUUGUGUUGUGUUUAGUGGUAUUCAAAGUAAGAUUCCCUAACAAAGGCCCCGAGCGCAUAAAGAGCAAGAAAAACCGGUAGUAACGCAACAAAAGUCUCUUUGAACAGCCAGCGUCACAAUCCCACAUACCCUUCAAACAGUAAUUCUUGCAAAUAGGAAGAAAAACUGCAAUAAUUAAAACCUGAAAAACACUCGCGUCGUUUGGGGUUCCCUGGCUGGAAAAUUUAAUUGUGCCCGAGAACAAAAGGCCGUCGGGGACAAUAGUGAACCUAUGUGCACGUUUUGAAUGACGAGGAGUUCGAGUCGCGGAAUGGGAGCUUCUUUUACGCAGCUUUUGUGCUACCUGGUGCUAAUCGGAUUUGCCAGCGCGGCGACGUCGCCGGGAAGCGGAUUGAAAUGGGUGCGGGUAAACGUGCCGCAAUAUCGAGUACCGGGAGAGACCGCCAUGCUCCAGUGCGACUAUGACCUGGGCAACGACACCCUCUACGCCGUCAAGUGGUACAAGGAGCACGAGGAGUUCUACAGGUUCGUGCCGAAGGCCCGGCCGCAGUCGCACUCCUACGAGUUGGAUGGCGUACACGUCGAUAAAUCUAAGUCGGACAGCCGGAGAGUGGUGCUCCAUCCUGUGAGUUGGCAAUCCAGCGGCCUCUACAGGUGCGAAGUUUCGGCAGAGGCUCCAUCUUUCUCCUCUGCGCAGAGCGAAGCUCGAAUGGAAGUAGUGUAUCUCCCUCAGGAGAAUCCUGUGAUCACUGGGGUGGAGAUGCAGUACCAGAUCGGCGACGAGAUCAAUCUGAACUGCACCUCGGGCAAGAGUUACCCAGCGUCGAUCCUCCACUGGUACAUCAACGAACAACAGAUCCAGAAGCCGGAAGCCCUGAUCGAGUACCCUCUGUACCACCACGCCCAGGGCCUGGUGUCGGCGACGCUGGGGCUGCACUUCAAGCUGAGCAACCACCACUUCAGGGGAGGGUCCAUGAGGGUGAAGUGCGUGGCAUCCAUAGCGCCCAUCCUCUAUCACAGCGACAGGGAGAGUGUCGUUCAGACGCAAAGCCUUCCCAUCAAGGACCUCCGGGAGGCCCUCCUACUUGUGAAAAGCUCAACGAGUAAAUCCUCAGCCGCGGGGAUCAUCCCACUUCUGAUCUUAAGCAUGCUUCUGAUAACGUAAGUGUCCCGUAAAGUUUAAUAAAAAUCCAAGUGACAACUCAGUGAUUAUAACUGUGAAAGUGUGCAGCUCCGACGUCAUUCUCGCCUGGAUAAUUAUUUUUGUGAUAGAAAUUUUCCCCUUUAAUAACGACCUAGUUACAUCGUGGCGGUUGGGCAACAAUGUAAGAGGCGUUGUUAAUACAGUAAUAAACUUCCCACGGGUAACUUUACGACCCUUUUACAGCAAAAUUUAAAAUGUAGAAAGAUUGAAGAAUAUAGAGAACAGUAAUUACUUGUAUGUUUAAAUUUUUAACCCUCAAAGGUCACACUAGUGCGGAUUGGGAUUUUGCCAACUUUGAACCUUUAUGUAUUUGUUAUUUGUUAACCAAAACAGCAUAUCAACAUUUUCCGAGAAAAAAUUGUUAAUAAAAAAUGCAA